AUGCAUGAGCGCGAGCACCAUCAAAGCGGCUGGAGCAGGGCCCACCCCGCUCCUGCCUCCCUCGCCCCGUGUUUGCGCACAUUAGCAUCACAAAGAUCCAUGGACCCGGUCAGCUCUUGGCCACCGCUUUCAAUUGAAAUCGUAAGGGGUGAGCGGGGUAGUGAAGUCGGGGUUGAGAGGGGUAGGAGGCUGGCUGGCUGCCUUUGCCAGUCGCGCUCCGCACGCCGCCGGCUGCGGAUGUCCGAGUGUUUCUUGAUCCGCCGCCGCUCGGUGCCGCUCCAAGCGAUGGUGCUCUCGGCGUGCGUGCGCGCUGCCGCCAGGAACUACUGCGCCGCCUACCAGGAGUCUGGAGAUCUCAUCAAGUCGCCGUCGCCGCCGCCAAGCCACGCCAUUGUGGUGGAGGUGGUUCCGCAUGAAGCGGGAGGUGCAGCUGCGAAGGCACCUCGCGGCGGCACUUGGCCCGGAGACACCUUCCGCGGCACGCGCCCCGCGGAU